UGUGACAGUGUGGUGAUCUGUCACCCAGGAUUCUCAACAAGGCAGGUUGAGGGGCUCCAGGGUAAGUGUUUGAUACGGAGGAAAGUGGCUUUUCACUUUCCUCCUUUGUUUGUAAGGUCUGUUUUGGGAUCUGGAGCCUGGAGAUUUCAAAGAGAUCUGAGAGGGAUGAAAUCUCCAAUCCUGGGACCAGGUUUUGGAAAUUGCCAGGAGACUGAUUGCACAGGUGUGUGCAGGCCUCUUCAUAGAAUCAGGACCAGGGUUCUGGGCUCCACCCCGGCAGAUAGGAGUCAGGAGGGCUCCACUUGGAAGACAGGAGUCAGGACCAGGGUUCUGGGCUCCACCCCGGCAGAUAGGAGUCAGGAGGGCUCCACUUGG